CGCAUUUGCAGCGCUUGUUAGCUCUGUGCAUGUGGCUCAUUGCAGACUGAUUAUUGCUGAGUCCUAGGCCUUGCGAGUUCCCAGAAGAAACCUAUGAAUUAGCCUCUGGGAUGUAGCUGAUGCUAUUACCGCUCUUUAGAGAUCGGAUAGCUCUAGUCUAGUGCCCUUUUCUGUGGGUUCUCAGUCUGUGGGAGUACUUUCUCUGAGAGUUGUCAUUAUUAACAAAAGAAGGGGGUCGUUUGCAUCUGCUUCUGUAGAUUUUCCCGGGAAGUGGAACCCUGGGGUUGAAGUCAGUAUCUGCAAAACUUAGACUACUACAGAAAACAAUAGCCUGAUCUAUGUGUUCUGUCUUCUUUGAACAUGCGAGUGAGUGUGCGGACAUGUUGGUGCCUGGAGCGGUGAAUGGAUGUCCAGUGGACGCUGUGAUUGAUACAGGAUCCGCCGCUACAUUGUUGUCGAGAGGAAUUUGCCGACCGCCUACCUAAGGAGCUGGAAAAGGAAACCUCUGACCAAGGCCCGAAGUUAAUUGGCGCCAACGGGCAACCACUAGAAGCUGUGGCGUCAGCAAUUGUUCAGUUGGAACUCGGAGAUGCAACCUGUUGGCACCGGGUAAGAAUUGUUAAGGGGUUGCCGCGUGAUUGUAUUGUUGGCCGGGACGUAUUAUCCCACAUUCCUUGCACAAUUUCUUCGGGACAAGGGCGAAUGUUCUUCUCUACCUCCCCCGCCUCAAUCAGUACUGUGGGUUCGGAUUAUGGAGUGUUGCAACUGAAAUCUAAAGUGACAUAGUUGGUCUUUGAUCGCCUCUUGAAGGCAGAUCUGCGGUUGAAGCCCAGUAAGUGUUUCUUGUUCCGCACAAGUGUUGAGUUCCUGGGCCACAUUGUUACCCGUCAGGGGGUUAGGACCGACCCGGGUAAGAUCGAGAGUCGGAAACUGGCCUACCCCUGAAGCAGUUGGAGAAGUGUGUGGUUUCUUGGGAUUCUGUGGGUAUUAUAGGCGGUUGGCCCAAGAUUUUGCCACCAUUGCCCGCCCCUUGUACAGCCUGACGAAAACUGGCCAAGUGUUUUUGUGGACCCCUGACUGUGAAACCGCUUUCCUGAAUCUGAAGACAGUGCUGACAACCGCCCCAGUACUAGCUUACCCCAGGUUUGGGCAAGAUGCAUCACCAUUUCUGGUAGACGUAGAUGCUAGUGGACUAGGGUUAGGAGCAGUGCUGUCUCAGGUUCAGGAAGGUCUGGAACGGCCGAGAGCGUAGGCUAGUCGACUUCUGGCCGAUACAGAAACACGGUACGCAUCCACGAAAAAGGAAUUGUUAGGUUUAGCGUGGGAUGUGCGACAUUUUCGUUGCUACCUGCUUGGUGGACAAUUUGUGAGUCGUACGGAUCAUCGUUCUCUAGAACACUUGGCUAAUUUCAAAAUCCACCGGCGAUUGUGGCUCGCUGGCUGGAAUUUUUGUCUGAAUUUGAGUUCACCAUAUUGUACAGGGCAGGUCGAUCGCACACUAAAGGUGAUGCACUGUCACGCCGCCCUGACGCUUCGACGACGCUGUUCGUAGGGGCCGUGAACAACGACGUUGGCAACAUCCCCGCACCCCUCAUCCGCCGUUUCAACUGGCCGUGGUCAAGAUGGGAAACGGAACAGGAGAAGGACCGAGAUCUCGCCCAAGUAGUGUCCUGGCUAGGUAUGGACUCUCCGCCUUGCCCACAGGACAUGAUGGGUAGCAGUCCUGAGUGUUUGCUUUCUGCUUGGCAUAGAUAAGACCAGGACAACUGCGUACCAUCCACAGAGUGAUGGUCUGGUUGAGAGAUUCAAUCAGACGCUGGAGCGUGGCCUGGCGCACUACGUCUGCCGGAAUCAUCGAGAUUGGGACAUCAAGUUGCCAGCCUUCUUGAUGGGAUACCGCUCGACGCCGCAGACUAGUACCGGCUACAGUCCAAGCUAUCUGCUCUUUGGUCGGGAGCUAUGCCUACCUCAAGACUUGGCAUUUGGAUUACCGCCAGGAGCAGCAUCCGCAGUAGCGUCCCAGCCGGAAUUCGUGAGUGCUCUCCGCCGACGCCUGGAGGACGCUCAUGCGCAGGUUCGGGAGCACUUGGGCAACGUGCACCGCUAUCAAGCGCAUAUCCGUGAUCGUAACGCUAAGGCCGUGACGUUUGCAGCUGGUGAUGCAGUGUGGCUUCUGGUGCCGGCCAUUCCGACGGGUACAACCGCCAAGUUUUCUAGACUGUGGCACGGACCGUACCUAGUCGAGGAGAAGCUCUCCGCCGUCACCUACCGCAUCAAGCUGUCUGAGCCCACGACACGUCGGCUGAUAGUGCACGUCAACCGGCUGAAAAGUUGUCAUCAUCGACCGAGUCGGCUGCAGGAGGUUCACGAACAAGAUGAGUCGGACCCACCGCAGCCCAUGGCAUCCACCCUGACUCCGUCCUACCAGCCUGAUGCCACUGAUGCCGCCGCCCGAGACGAGGAGGACACCGCUCGGGUAUUCGACAGUGCUCCGCCAGUUGGCGUGAUGGAAAGGCGAACCCCGCGUUCCCGCCAUCCACCUCAGCUGUUUGGGAGUCCCGUCUGGCACGAGUAAGGAUUUCAGUGGUAUUGACUGGAUUGGUUGUGGCCAAUAUUACAGCUAGUCUUUGAACAGUUUUUGAUCGGAACUCAAAUUGUGACCUGCACUCGUUUAGUUAAAUUGUUAGCCAUAAUCUUAGUUUAAUUUAUUACGUUACUUAUAACACGAGGACGUGUUCUUUUCCGUGUAAGCGGGGGGAUAUGUCGUAUCCAUACGAUUGGCACGUGCCUUUUAGGCCUCUACGGGACAAGUAUGCCUUAUUUAGUUGUUUUAUUAUUUAUCUAUCUCCCGUAAACGGGUUCAUAAUCUUCUUUAUUUUAUACUUCCCCACAUGGCUCCCGCAACAGUUCGUACGCAUAUUGAUUACGGUGAUACGCUAUUGCAUGCGGGACCAGCAAUCUCGUGGCCAUGGACUUCCAUGGCCGCAACUAGAUCAUAUUGCCUUCUCCUUGCUUUUCUCUCUCUCUCUGGCCUUCCGCCUUCAGGCGGAAGCUUCGGCUUUCGUCUGUCUUGCCUUGUGCUCUCAUAUCGUCUCUUGAACCAAGUUAGCUCCUUUUGAAGAUGU